AUGGAUGGUGCCUCUGGACUGAACGGGAGUAACGGUUUUCCUGCUGGCCUAGAUACAUGGAGUCAACAAGUAGAGUAUCGAGAUAUAAAAGCUCAACAGCAAUUGACGAAACAGCACUACGGCUCACCGAUGGGCUCACCCACACACUCACAACCAGAAGUAAUCGGUGGCGAUGAGGUCAAGGCUUGUCUUGCAGGCCUGGGCAGGAGUCAAGGUUUAGAGAAGCUCUCAAGAGAUUAUCAGCCGGAUAUCCAGGGUGCAUUUAUUGGUGAUAUCAAAUCAAGUAAAGCUCUGGAGGUCGAAUAUGCAGCCGCAGACCCAAUCUUUGUCAGAAAGACCGUUGCGCUUUCACCAAAAUAUCCUUUUUACCGAUCAGUACUUGGAGAUGGGAAUUGUGGGUGGAGAGCUAUGGCUUUUGGCUAUUUUGAGAUUCUGCUCAAAACUGGUGAUCCAAACCGUAUCGGUAUGGAGUUUGCUAGAAUAGUCUCACUCAACAAUCUUAUGUCCAUGGCCGGAAUGGAACCGUACAUAUUCGAGGAUUUUGUGGAUGCCACCAUCACAUUAUUUAAUCGAAUCUCUGCUUCACCCGUAAUUGAUCGUCCUUAUGACGUUUCUCCAGUCGUGGAUGCCUUUAACGAUAAUGAAUUAUCUAAUGCUAUUAUCACACAUUUCAAGUUCCUCACCAGUUCCUGGAUGAAAAGUCGACCGGAUUAUUACGCACCCUUUCUUGAUCAAACCGUAAAGGCUUAUUGUGAAUCGCAAGUCGAGCCAUACGGAAUCGAGAUUGAUCAUGUAGGGCUUAUGGCUUUGAUCGAUUGUUUGAUACUGCCUGCUAGUCUUGCGGUGGAGGUCUUCUAUUUGGAUAGAAGCCCUGGAGACGAAGUCAAUGUGCAUCGCUUUCAGGAUGUAGAAACCGAAGGAAUGAUGACGCCGGCUGAUGCGCCUGUCUUGAGGUUGCUUUAUAGACCUGGUCACUAUGACAUAUUAUAUAAGGAUGGAGAGAUAGCAACAGCACCGCCGCCGCCGCCCCUUCAAGUUUCAUUUCUUUCUAGCCUCCCGGAGCAGGCAUUUGCACCAACGCCCCUAGCGUAUUUCCCACAAAUGUCUUCAUCAGAUAUGAACUUUUUAACAGAGCCGGGCCCAUCGAACUUUCGUCCUUCGAUGUUCAACUUACCAGCUUUCCAGCCAUCCCCUCUCCAGUCUCUCCCGUUCCAAACAACAACGUUCAGAAAUUCGCCUUUCAAUCCUAGUCACUUCCAAAGCGAAAAUUUCCAACCAGAAAUAUAUCAACCUCCUACAACAACCUCUAAUUCAAGUUCCAAACGGAGUUCUUCUGUGGAGAAAAGAACAUCAAACUCAUCACCUAGGAGCGAGUCUUGGGAUAGCAACGGCCAACAGUAUUCAUGUGAUGAAUAUUCUACAGGAUCGGGACUUGGCCAGUCGUAUUCUUGA